CACUCACACCCACUGAUCUGUGUUCACACCGCAGCCUGCGCUUCCGGGGUGGCUUCAAAACAAUCUGUGUUAUUGUGAAUAAUUUCUCUGUUUGUGAUCGAACAUGAUGUCAGUAUCGGGUUUUUUGUUGCUGAUGUUGGCGGCGUCGCUGUGUCCCGGGGACUGCAGGUUCAUCGGUGACGACACGCUGUUCACACAAGACACUGUGAUGCUGGACAUUUGCUCAGAAUGCAGCCAUAUCAUGCAAUUCUCCACCAACAUGAUUCCAGGCAGAGAUGCUAAGGAAUCUGUGUAUGCAGCUUUGCACAUACUGUGCCAGCGCUUCCAGGGUGCACAAGCAUCAGACUGUGAAUCACAAGUGAAGAUGUAUUUACUCAUAGUCCUGCAGCACACAGCUGGCCACCUGAAGCCAAAAGAAGCCUGUGUGGCUUUUGGACUUUGUGCUGCCCACAGUAAUGAGGAACUGCCUAAACCUUCCCAUCAUGCUAUUGAUGCAGUUGCAUCCAGCUCUACACGCGGCACAAAUGCCCACACUCACAUUCAAGAGCAGUUGAACCCUGUUUGUGCCCUGUGUGUGAUGGUUAUCAGGAAGCUGGAGACUCUUUUGCCCAAAAACAUGACAGAGGAUGCUUUAAAGAAGCUGAUGGCAGAAGUUUGUGAUCUUCUGCCUCACAGCUAUAAGGAUGAGUGUGACAUUUUUGUGGACAAAUACGGCGCAGAGAUCAUUGAAUUUCUCCUGUCGUCUGCUGCACCUCACUCUAUCUGUAGCCUUUUGCACCUGUGCUUAUUCAGUGAGACACCUGCAGAAGCCAUGUUCUCUCCCUCUGACUGCGAGUCGUGUCGCACUCUGGCUGUUCUGAGCCGACUUCACCUGGGCCUCAACUCCACGGAGCUGCAGACCUCCUCUUUCCUCCAGUCUGUGUGUGUGCUUCACCCCAAUGCCAUCCCUAAGUGCAAGAUGUUCAAUCAAGUCCAUGGUGCCAAGCUGCAGAAGGUUUUGGGAAACCAGCUGGAUGCUCCGGAUGUUUGUGAAAGAGCCAAUCUGUGCAUUUCCACCAAGACACUGCAGCCACAAGGAAGGAACCUUUGUACUUUGGGACCCAUCUACUGGUGCAAAGACAUGAAAACUGCUCAGAACUGUGGUAAACAAGCCUUCUGUGAAAAAAUACUGUGGAAGACAAGUGAAUAAACAGACCUGGCAGACUGUUUGGACCCCGGAAGGAUUUUUUUUUUCUUAAUAAACUUUUGCACUGUGCUGUGUAACCUUUUAUGAAUGUAAU